AUGGCAGCGCCUUCGACUUCGACUUCGAGCGAGGCUUGCAAGUAAGUCACGAGCUAAAACUGCAAAUAAUGAAUGCAGGAGUCUUCUGCAUACUCUUCUCGUCUCUUGUACCGUUGCAAUUCUCGAUUUAUUGCGUUCAUCUGCCGCUAAAAGGCAAUUUUAACCCUGUAUUAUUUAAUUUUAUUUUAUUAAACUGCGUGUAUUUUUAUGCUUCCCUGUAGUUCAGUAACGUUUUGGACUCAUGAUCAUGAAGCCAUUCUAUGCAGAGAAGUCGUCAAUGUAAAUCCCUACACAACUAAGAAAGGGUAAACACAAAGAAGCAGAAUGUGGGAAAAAAUAGCAGACACCUUGAACAAAUUCACCGUGCCGAAAUUCAGGGUUGAUAAGCGAUCAGUCCGAGACCACGUGGGAAUCGUUGUUUACAAGCAUAAGAAGAAACUUCUAGUGGAGGAAAAAGCAAUUGAGAUAACUCCCGAUGAGCCAACAGAACUAGAAAACCUAUUGGAUAUGAUCAUCGCGUUGGAGGAAAGUGGCGAAGAGGAAUUACAGGGAACAGCUAGCAAAAAACGUCAAUACGAUCGGGUUAAAGCGGAAGAUGUUAGACUAAAGGCGAUGGAGAAGCUGUCAGAGACGAAGAAAAGAGGUUCAUCAGCGGAUGAAAGCGAUGACAAACCGAAGCGUCAACGAAGAAGUGGAGGUAAUGCUAUCAAACAAAGCAGAAACAAAGCAUUUCUUGGGCUUUCUUAA